AUGGCGACUUCCCGCAUCGCAGAGUUGGCCGACAACAUCGCAACCAACACCUCGAAGCUCAACGGUUACCUGGUGGCCAAUGGCCUGCCUUCGCCGUCAUUUGACAUUGAUGGACCUUCGGACACUUUGGUCCCGAAGAACGAACUCGACAUCGAAGCAGCCCGUGUUGCGAUCAUCGAUGACACCCAGGAGCUGAGGCGCCUGGUCCUUGGGCCUCGGGAGUACCUUAUGAGCUAUACAGUCACAAUUACGCGAUUUGGCCUCACUCAUGCUUUCGCCGUCGGGAGCGAGGCUUCCUUCUCGGACAUCGCUGCGGCAUCUAGUCUCAACGAGACCAAUGUGCAACAAUUCAUUCGCCACGCCAUCGUGAAGGACAUUUUUGUCGAGCCACGUCCCGGCUUUGUCGCUCACAAUGCAGUGUCGCGCUUGCUCGCCGAAGAUCAAGUCAUUUACGACUGGGUUGGCGCGAGUACAGAUGAUCUGUGGCAGGGUGCUGCUCAGACAUGCAACGCACUGGAGAAAUUUCCAGGCUCGCAGGAAAGUAAUGAAACAGGCUUUGCACUCGCGAACCAGACCGAUAGGAACAUCUACGAGGAGUUUUCCCAAUUCCCAAGCCGCGCACGCAGAUUUGGGAAUGCCAUGCGCUCCUUCACUGAGGGCACCGGUUUCGAGCUGAGUCAUGUUGUGGAGAACUUUUCAUGGGGAGAGGUCAAGGACGGAAUGGUUGUGGACGUUGGUGGCUCGCAGGGGUUUGCUUGCAUGGCCAUUGCCCACAAGUUUCCGUCCCUGUCGUUUGUGGUCCAAGAUCUGGAGGCCGUCAUCGUGGGUGCCCAGGAACAAGUCCCACCCGAACUGGCUUCUCGCAUCAAGUACAUGGGACACGAUUUUCUCACUGAGCAACCCAUCAAAGGAGCUGACGUCUACUUCUUUCGAUGGAUCUUGCACAAUUGGUCAGACAAAUACUGUAUCAAGAUCUUGCAGAGCCUCAUUCCUGCGCUCAAACCAGGGGCCAAGAUCGUAUUGAAUGAUAAUGUCCUGCCUAAGCCAGGGGUCUUGUCUAGGUGGCAGGAGAACCGCCUUCGUUCAAUGGAUCUCACGAUGACCGAGAUCCAGAAUUCCCACGAACGAGAGCUAGGCGCUUGGGCGAAGCUUUUCAAGCUCGCUGACCCUCGCUUUGAGUUCCAGUGGGGUAGACAGCCUGCCGGCGCGAACCUGUGGCUAAUGGUAGCCGAAUGGAAGCCAAGUUGA